GCAUGAUGGGAGAGGUGUGGGGAGGGGCCACAGCCCUCCUGGUUUCCAUGGAGACGGGUUUGGCGCGGCCUAGCACCCACUGCUGCUCCCGCACCGCACGCCUCGGACUGGGAAGGCCAGGACGGCAUGGCGGCCUCUUCGAACUCUCUCGGCGGCAGCGCCGCCGUCCUCGGGCUGCUGCUCCGUCUUCUCCUCAUCCUGCUUUGCCCGGGCAGCGGCAGUGGGGACGACGACGACAGCGGUGGCUGGGACCCGGCAGGAUAUCUGCUCUAUUGCCCCUGCAUGGGGAGAUUUGGGAACCAGGCAGAUCAUUUUCUGGGCUCCUUGGCAUUUGCUAAGAUGGUGAAUCGGACCUUAGCUGUACCCCCCUGGAUUGAAUACCGGUAUCACAGACCUCCUUACACCAACCUACAUGUUCCCUAUAAAGAGUACUUCAAGCUGGCUCCUCUCCUGGAAUACCACCGGGUCAUCACCUUGGAGGAGUUUAUGGAGAAAUUGGCACCUGUCCACUGGGCUCCUGGCAAGAGAGUGGCGUACUGCUUUGAAACAGCAGCUCAGAGAAGUGUUGACAAAAGGACUUGCCCCAUGAAGGAUGGAAAUCCCUUUGGGCCUUUUUGGGAUCAAUUUGCUGUGGAUUUCGAUAGGUCGGAGCUGUUUGGAGGCAUCUCCUUCAGUGCCUCUUACAAGGACCACUGGAUCCGAAGAUUUCCGCCUUUUGAACAUCCUGUUGUUGCCCUUCCGGGCGCACCAGCCCAGUUUCCAGUUCUGGAGGAAUAUCGGCCUCUGCAUCAGUACAUGGUAUGGUCUGAUGAGAUAGUGGACAAGGGCGAGUCCUCUAUUAAUUCUUUCCUGAUCAGACCCUACGUGGGAAUCCAUCUGCGAGUGGGUUCAGACUGGAAGAAUGCAUGCAAUAUGUUGAAGGAUGGCACAGCUGGAUCUCACUUAAUGGCUUCACCACAAUGUGUGGGCUAUGAUCGGAACUCUGCUGCACCCCUCACCAUGGACAUGUGUCUUCCAAGUCUGAAGGAGAUCAAGCGAGCCCUCAAACUCUGGGUGAAGAAGGUAGAAGCAAAAGCUGUGUACAUUGCCAGCGAUUCUGAACCCUACACCAAAGAAAUACAGCAGCUUUUCAAAGGAAAGGUAAAAGUGGUGUAUUUGCAGCCUGAAGUGGCCCAGAUAGAUUUGUACAUUCUUGGUCAGUCUGACCAUUUCAUUGGAAACUGUGUCUCUUCCUUUACUGCUUUUGUGAAACGAGAGCGUGAUGUACAUGGGAGACCAUCCUCCUUUUUUGGCAUGGACCACCCACCCAGUCUGCGAGAUGAAUUGUAGCCUGCAAAGGGAAAGGCACUGUGUUGCUCAGAUACCUCUUCUCUUGGAUCCACUAUUGACACACCACCAGGGAAAACCAGGGCCCACUGAAAGCAAACCUUGCAUAUAUUCAGACAGGCCUGGUGGUGAAUUCUGCAGAUCCAUUCUGGUGCCAGUUCUUGUAUAUUAUUAGAUCAUUCCCAGGGCUCAGGAAAUCUAGUCUAUUUGUCCAUGAUUAGUGAAAAAUGAUGCCUGACAAGUGAAAACAAUCCUGACAAGUAACAUACCAACAUAGCUUGUCUGGCUGGUGAACUGAACCAACAUUUAUUGAUCCCUGAUCAUGCCCUGAAAGGAGAAACAGAUGACUUCAGGAAACCUUUUCUAACUGCUGUGGAUAAAUCAGUCAGGCAGUCCACUUGGUUUGCUGCUUGAGUUUCCCUCCUGUUUUUGUGCUUGCUUCUGAGAUUGACUUGUACCAACUGGUACUUGCUUAAUGCACAGUAGUCUCACAAGACAGCACACUCUGUGAAAAGGAAUGUUCUAGAAUUCAGUACUGGAAGAUUCCACAUGUUGUGACUAGCUGAUAUUUACCUCUUGUGCUUCAGUUUGCAAAAUGGAUUUAGUCCCCACUUCCUUCACUGGGAAGUUGGGGAGACUGAGAAUGAGUUUGCUAUCAUGUUUGGCAUAUUUUGGGAUCUUGAAAAGGGUCUGAAUCUUAACUACAGAGGUGUGUUCUGGAUCAGCAGUGCAGUCUGCAGGGACUCGGGCAGCAAGACUGCUGCAGUAUGAGUGCAUAGAGUUUUUUAUUUUUAUGUUAACAGUUCAUAUUACCAGAAAUCUCUUUAAGUGUGUUUAUAUUUUCAGAAAUGGCAGUCCAAGUGUCCAGAGUAUAAAAUGAAAUUGCUGAAUAGCCAAGAAAUAAUUGCAUUUUAAAAAUACCACAAUCACCUUAAUUGCAAAUAUGCACUUUUAUCAGACAGAUAUAUAACUUGGAGAUUCCAGUGCAUCUGUUUCCAUUUGAAUUGCUUGCAGUUGGUCAGCAGCAGUGUUCUCCUCCUGGUAUUGCCGUCUGGCCUCUGUCCUGCAACCAUUUUUGUUAUUAUUAGAGUUAUCGGAACAAGGACAUACCAUUUUAGCGUGCGUGUAUUUCUUCGUUCUGUUCUCCUGUGUUCUUUGGGCAUCCGUUUUAUGUUUAUAACCUAUAUAUUUUUUAAAGGCUUUCAAGUAGCCGCUCAGUCUGCUUCAAAUUUCAGAUGCUAUCUUUGAGCCUUUUGAAAUAGGAGCCGAGAUAACAUGUCUUGGUAAAAAUAUUCUCCUAAACCUUUUCCCACAGAAUAAAUAGCAGCCUGAUUGAUCAUAGCAGACUUGCAGAUUGCCAAGUUACCUAUUUUUUGUAAUAUUUCCCCAUCAUGUAAGAUCAGUAAUAGCUUUAUGUAGUAUCAGCAGAAUCUCCUUCACUGAUAUGUUCUGACCCCAUGUAUUUUGAACAUUGACUGAUGAAUUGUCCUGACUGCUGAAUGUGUUUACCUGAUUUUCUUAGUUAUUUCAAAGUCUCUUGAAAUAUUACUGUGCGAAGAGGGAGACCUCAUUUUCUAAGUGAUUUACAUGCUAUAUUGGGCUUGAAUUACAUAGACAAUAUUUUUCAUAUCCCUAAAUCUUUUUAAAGUUGUUGAUGGGUCUCGAUUUCAGCUGAAUUUUUUGCUGGUUUAGUUGCUAGCAGGAAUAUCACAGUCCCCAUAUCUUUCUGUUUGCCUUUGUGAAAUCUACAUCUUCUAAAUAGUCUGUAUUGCAAGUGAUGACAGCGUCAACAUUUUAUAGAUUUGGCAUUCUUUUGCUGUCAGCAAAGCACAUUGAUUCCUUGAAAAUUUUAAAAGUAGACCUGUGAAUGUGUUUAUAAGCAGCAACUGCAAGUAACAUUCAUAGUCUUGCUUGCUUGGUGAAGAUAGAGAGUUGCAAUUAUGGAUAUUUUCUCCAGUAAAUCUGAGUGUCUACAAAAGUUGCUUUCAGCUUUUUCUUGCUUUGCCUUUUUUAGCUUUAGAAAUACCAACUAAGCAAGACUCUUCAGUGUUCUGAAUUGUAGUUGCUGCAUUUAAUGCUUGAUUGAUGCACUAGUGAAAGAAAACACUUCAGUGAGCAGCUACCACAUCUUCUUGAGCAAGUUUUAUUCUCAAUCUGUUUCUGAAAGAGAUGAGCUGCUUGCAUUUCUUUAUGAAAAUCUAGUUGACGAAUACAGAAAUGAUGAGCGAUAAUUACCUUGUCAUCAAUAUUAGGUAUAUUUGAAUGCUGAAUCACUGCAGGUGUGCUACCUGUAAUAUUAAUGGUUGAAAAUUUCCUUUCUCACUUAUUCUUUAUGAAAUAGUGAAGUUGCUUGGUCAAAAGUUACAUCUAACAGGCUUAAAAAAACACCUAAUUCAAAAGUUAAAUUCAGUGUCAUGUACUAGUUUGGGUAGAUUCUGCAGCUGAACCUUGUGUGACAUAGAUGAUGAUGAUUAAUCAUGUACGCUUCUAGAAAUGAAAGAACUCUCAGUAUCGCCUCCAUUGAUGUUAAUGCAGAAUUAGGAAACAUUGUAGGCUGAGACUGCGAUAGUACAUGGAGGUAUUCCGUUACUUUAUCUUAACGUUAAGAUCCCUGUCAGAUCAGACCAAGGGUCCCUUUAGUCCAGCAUGCUGUCUAACAGUGGACAACCAGAUGCUUCCAACUUGAAAGCCCUCUCUUCUUUUUGUUCCUAGCAACGGCCACUCAAUGGCAUCCUGCCUCUAAACUGGAAGUAGCAUAUAGCCAUCAUGAUGACUCACCAGCAAUAAAUCUAUCCUCUGUGCAUUUGUCUAAAUGCUUAUAAGAAUAGUUCCCCAGUCUCUCUGUGAGGAGGAAUCUUUUGCAUGCUUGAUUUUCUGAUGCAGUAUUUUGGUUCAAAAGAUUCUUCCUGCUGUGUUAAUUGAAAGAAGUAAUAUUGAUGCCAAGUCUAAGCUUUUGUUUACCUGAAUUUUAUAUAUUUCCUAUUGGUUGUUGUGAUGUCCGGACAAAGAACUGCAACGAAGAAUGCAGUGGCACCUUGAAGAAUAACUGACUUUAACUAUACCAUUAGUUCUUGUAGAGAACAGCCUGCAUUCUUAGUUUCAUGUGAGAAGCUCCUAGCAUAAAGGAUCCAAAGGAUCUCUGAAGUGCCACCUUUCAGUCUGUAGCAUCAAAAACAAGCAGUAACUUUUCUGCAAUUUGUCUACAAGCAUAGGGGCUUCUUAAGAGUAGAAGAAUUUCCUUGAUGGGUCAGACAGAGGUUCAUCUAAGCCAGUAGUCUGUUCCCAACAACAGCCAGCCAGAAGCCACUGAGAGCUCACAAGCCAGACAUGAAGACAAACACCCUCUCCUAUUCACUGUCUCCAUCACCUUAUACAUAGUUAUAUUGCCACUGGAGACUCUGAUUAGCUAUCACGGCUAAUGACUAUUGAUGAACCUAUCCUCCAUGAAUUUGUCUAAUCAUUGUUUAAAAGCCCAUUAAGCUAGAGGCCAUAACCAGAUCCUCUGACAGCAAGGCCUGUGAGAUUAAUUGAUGAUGCUGUGUGGAGACUUUGUCAGUCUUGGACUGCUGCUACCAAUCAGUUUCAUUGGGUGAUCCAAGUUGUAGUUCAUAUUUGCAGGCUUUCUAAUUCUGGGCAUGAACAUGCUGUUGAAGCAAAAGAGCAACUCUGCACAAGCUGCUUAUUUCACAUAUUUUUGUACCAUCCCAUAGUGUUCUUUUGAAGAACGUGUGUUGGAAUGCCUUUCUCUUCCAGUUUUCCCCAAGGGUGCGUGUACUCUUUCCACACUCCAAGCCUUGAUAUGGUUUCUAUCCUGUGUAGAUUCUGUGAUGGCAGAAGGGCGGCACGUCUGCCUGAAUGUGUUUCCCAACUCUGAACAUGUCUACAGUUUUUUCUGGAGUGUGGAGAAAGUGGUCUUAGGUUCAUGCUCUGACCUUCUCAGCCUUUUCCACACUGAGAGUGCAUAUGGCUUUUUGCUUGUGUGGAUUCUUUGAUGGGACAGUAAGCUUUAUGCUGUGAGUGAAGUUCUUUUCACAAACUCAACAUUUAAAUGGAUUCUUAGCGAGUUAAAUUUGAGAUCUGGCUGAAGGUCUUGCAUGGUUUCUUUCCUGCCUGGAUUACUUGGUGGGGUGUGUGUGUGAUGUGAUGGCUGAAGCCCUUUGCGCACUCUAAGGAGGUACAAGCUUGCUUUCCUGUGUGGAUUAGAUGUGAUUUAUUAUGUAUUGUUUUAACCUGUAGAGCAUUCUUAUUUACUUUGCCUCCCUUUUGCCUCUCUUCUUGGUUUGGAAUGGCAUGGACAGAAGCAGUGAUCUUCUUGCUCCUCUGCUGUUCUGCUUUAGUUUUCCUUUUCGGCGGUUCACCCUCAUUCUUGCCCUCCCUCCUAUCGCCCCACAAGGCCAGAUGCCCAGAAAUUUCCUCCAUGACUUCUCUGUGCAGAGCCCCUUUGCCUGGAUCCCAACACCAAAGAGCGAAGGUCCAGCUUGAAUUGGGAGAGUAAUUUCCCUGCCCAGAGAGGCAUUGGUCAUCUGAGCUGGUCUCUGUUCUGCGUUUCUUGAUCUAGUUCUCCAUCUUUAGGGGCAGGAUGGUCAGGAACUGCUCCAGGAUCACCAGAUCCAGCAUUUGAGCUUUUAUGUGGCUUCAGCUACUACCAGCAAAAGCUGUCAAGUCAGCUGCAAACUCCUUGGGGUCCUUUGGCCUCCUGAUAGUGGAACUCUCUGAAUCUCUGGGGCUGGUUAUCUGAGCUGCUGGCCUCUCCUUCCAGGAUCUUCUGUACAGAUCUCUCCCUGAGUUCCCUCAAGGCCAAGGAGGUUUUCUUGGUCAUGCUGGAAGCAAUUUCAGUCUUCAGACAAGUAUAUAUAGUUUAAAUAUCUUGCCCAAGAUAUGUGGAAGGAAAACACUAAUCUCUGCCUUUGAAUGUAACCAAUGAAUUAGAAUUAUCUUAGUGAAGCCACUAUCAGUACAGAGCUUUUAGAAGCACAGCUACAACUAUAUCAGUGCCAUGAGAAUAAAGAGUAGCUGAUCCAUUAGGUUUUCUAAAAACGGUGGAGUGCAGCCCCACAAGCACUUAUGAAUUCUCCACUGAUGUGACUGGCUCAGAACAGAGGACAUCUGGGGUAUUUAUAUGCUAUGCAUGAUACUAGAAGCCAUAUUUUAAUUUUUUUAAACUGUACAGAAAAAGAUUUUUGCAUUUUUUCACAAUAAAACAUGAGUAUGUAUCUUGAGUGUUUUUAUAUAUUUCUCUUCUCUGUAGCUACAUCUGCCUAGUGAAAUUGCUUGUGAUGACAUCUUAGGAAAGUGGCGGGGAGUCAUUGGCCCAGAUGGUCAACUUUCUCCUUUCUGGUUAGGGAUGUCCAAACAUAGAAAGUCAGUGCUGUGUUGCUGAUUAGGCUGAUGCUACUAACAGAAGGGCACAGCUUAGAAAUGAGAUCAGGGACUCUCGCCUUCGACACGAGCUGUGUGCAUCCUUCCAAGCAGCUGUUUUUAAAAGCAAAAGAUUCUUAUACAGAGUGGAUUUAGUCACAUGCAGUUGACGAGUUUAUUCUUCUGUGCAAGAACUUCUGUUAUUGUAAUUGAAUUUAAUUAAACCUUUAUGGACAAUUGAA